AUUAUUAUAACGGGUCCCCGUGGGUAUCAAGGAAAUAUGGACAAUGCAGACCUUUUUCCAACUUGACAGAAUCAAUAACGGCCUUUCUUGGUUGAAGCUGAUCACAAAAUGCUGUAUGUCAACAUACUAGUAUAAGUAAUGCUGUUCCCUCAAUACUGGUAAGUACCCCAAAUGUCGUCGUCUCCGCUUACUCCGAUACCAAUAGCUGAUAUUCCCCCAAUACUGGGAGCGACAUUCGGAGCGGUUUUUAUCGGGGCUACAAUAGCUGCAGUUUUUUACGGAAUAACGAUUUUACAGACCGUCGUGUAUUACAAACAAAACCCUAACGAUCCGUGGCUCUUUCGAUGUGCGGUCGCUCUACUGUGGAUAUUCGAUACGCUUCAUGUUGCCUUGAGCACACAUGCCCUCUAUUUCUAUCUUGUCCAAUCGUUUGGAAACUAUCUAACCCUGUUCACAAUCGUUUGGAGCUUUCCGUUGCAGCUGUUGUUCAAUAUGUUGAUUGUCACUGGAGUUCAAGCAUUAUAUGCAGUCAGAAUACUAAAAUUUGGCCGACAUUUUCACGUUGUCAUGCCAUGGUUCAUUUUCCUUGCUGUUGCGGCGACGUUUGGCACAGGACUCUAUGUGAUCUACGAUACAUACACCCUCAAAAGCUUUAUGGACGUUUCGACUAUCAGGGCGUCCAUAUACACGGAGUUCUCAGCUAUUGCGGCGGCAGACUUCGUCAUCGCAGGGGCAAUGUGCUUUUACCUGCACAAAAGCAGGUCAGCGACUAACUUCACUAGUACUACCAAGAUAAUUAUUAGAUUAAUGCGGCUUAUACUGGUAUCUGGGCUGGUGACGAGCGCGUGCUCACUACUUACUCUCGUAUCGUACAUCGCCUGGCCGGACACUCUCAUUUUCAUCGCAAUCGAUUUCAUUUUGCCAAAGUUGUACAUAAACUCUUUACUCGUCAUGCUCAACUCGCGCCAGACUUCGAUGUGGUCUACCGGAAAAGGACGUCAUAUUCAAGAUCAAAAGAUAAUCAGAUUUGCUCCCCCUGGAGGUGGAGAUGAUUCAAGACAGAUGAAUAUCACUAUCACUGGCCUCUCCGUGACUGAUCAGGAUACAGUACAGACGAAUAUAACUCUACCUCUCCCCGUAACAGAAGGAAGUUUUUCGAGUAGCAUUGGUGAUAUGACAUUUGCGUAACGACUCAUCAUUCCAUUAUUCCCUUUACAAUCCCAAAAUGGCUACAAAUUAAAAACGGACAGAAUGCUACACUUACAAUAUGAUGAUACGGAACUGCUGAUAUAUAUUUCGCAUUGAGUAUUAGUAUUCACUACGGUGUUCGAUAGUGAAGUCGACUGCUACCUGACCCACACCUGCGAGAGAACGCCAUUCGCAGUAGAUGCCAAUGCUGACCUUUUAAUUGAUGUUCAAAAUCGUUUCUGGCGACGAGU